UCUGGCGCCUCAGCCAAUCACAGCGCGCGAGGGGCGUUUCCCGCCGUUUUCCCCUCAGCGCGGGAGCCGCCAUGGAGCCGCUCCGGCCUUGGCUCGUCCCGUUCCUGCUGCCCGAACGCUGCUUCGACCAAUUCUUCCUGCGCUUCCAGCUCCUCGACGUUCCGUGCUUGAAAAUCCUCCUGAGCAAAGUUCUGGGCUACGGGAUCGUGGCGGGAUCCGUCCUGGUGAAGGUUCCCCAGCUGCUGAAGGUUUGGGGGUCCCGCAGUGGGGGGGGGCUCAGCCUCCCCUCGGUGCUGCUGGAGCUGCUGGCCCUGGGGGGGUCGGUGGGCUACGGCUGCGCCAGGAGCUUCCCCUUCAGGUGAGGGGGG